GAAGUCAUUAGGCUUAUUAAGUGAUAUUAAUUUUGUUUUUAUAUGUCUGGUGUGUCUUAUGUGAGGGCAGUCAAUAGAAUCAGUUCACAGAAGAGAAAGAAGCCACAAGUUUUAAAGUAUAUUGUCAUUCCAAGAUAGCAUCCAGAUGGCCAACAGUAAAAGAACCAUGGGUAGAGAUGAAACCUUGCUAAACAAUUUUGUUACGGUCACUAAAAGAAUGCCAUUAAAGGCGAGAGUGGUAUUAGCACUAAGUAUCGCAAUUGUUAUUAUUGAAUUAGCAUCUGGAAUUAUUGGAUCAGAACAUAACCUAAAUCCAAAGAUAGCAUUAAACACAAACUCAGACAUUGGAAAAUUUAGGGAGCGGAAGGAAGUUCGUAAAGACGACAUGAACUCAAUAGAAGAUAUAAACAAUAUAGAAAUUGUUAGUGAUAAUAAAAACCUUAUAAAAUCUGUGGAAAGACGAUCCAUAGACAACCCUGAAUCGAAAACAGUGGAAGAAGAAAUGAACGAAGUGGAUAAUGCAAUAACUAAACUUAGUGAAGAGUCAAAAGACGUUAAAAAGAGUAAUAUAUCAUCUAUAGUAACAAAAAGUACCUAUAUUAGAUUUAAUAAAGAAGUAGCACAUCCAUAACUUAUAUAUGUCAUCUAGUUUGCUACUCAAUUUUAAAUUUGCGAAUAUCUUGGCCAAGCCAGGUUCAUGAUACGUAGUUGUUUUUUUAAUAAGAAUUUUCCAUACUUGUUUUGUCAUUAGAAUCCAUCUCAGAUUGGAUUAUUGGUUGUGUUUACAGAAGUUGAAUUGGGUUCUUAGAAACUUAUAAGAGAAAAGCAAUCAGGGUCCACAGCCAUUAGGAAACAUUAAAUUGGCCAUUUUUUUUGAGGAAAAAAACAAUAUUGUCCAAAAUUUAGAAAUGAAUCAGAGAAUAUUAAAUUAAAUUAUUUUUUGAUCAUUGCUUUUGCUAUGUAGUUUUAUCGAUUCACUAAAUACAUAAAUCUUUAGUUUGAUAUAAGGUAAAAGUAUUUUGGAAUUUAUAAGGGAAAUCCGAAAUUUGUUUCUGUGCUUUGGCUAGGAACCCUGGCAAUUUUACAGACGAAACUUUUUCUUUUCUUUAGUAUGAUAUCCCACUUAGCCUGCUUUCGUAUUUAUCUCUUUUCGCUUUAAAAGAAAUUAGAGAUGCACCUGGUACCUAUAAUACUAAAAAGAAAAAAAUACACCUGCAUUAAUGUUACAAUUUUCUUUCAGUUUUCAAAUUUAAUAGAGUUGUGAUUUUUUUUACCGUGAAAAUUUUUAUAAAAUUUUGUGUGUUUUUGUUGAAAAAGUCCACUUAUAUGCCUUUCUCACCUUUUUUUCCUCGGUUUUAAAUGCCUUUUUUUAUAGUUAGUUAUUAUGUAUUGAAUUCAAAAAUAGAAAAUGUGUACAUAUGUUAUAUAUACCGUUUCCAUGGCUUCUUCUUUUUAAAAAAUAGAUCUGUAGUGUGGGAGGCAUGGGAACAAGUUUAGGUUCUUUGAAACUUACUUUUA